AAAAAAAAUUUUUGAAAAUGUGGAAAUUGGUGCUGGUGAGCUUGGUUGGACAGUGCGCGGGUGUGAUUUACAAUUUAAAUGAAAGCGACUACAACCGAAUGCCAGCUUUAUACGCGUUGGAUCCAUUCGAUGCAUGCCUUUUGGAGCCGGGCGGGACGUACUGCUUGGUCGAUGCUGAUCUACAUUCUGGGGGGAAAUCAGAUCUCAUGAGGAUGAUACGGGGUUAUUCAGAGCACACAAUAAAACACUUCAAUCACACACAGAUACACAGAGGACUAUGUGUUACAAAGACGUGUAAAGAUUUUAUUCACAAUAGAAGGCUAAAUGAAACAGCGGACCUAGAAGUGAUCCUUGAGGCAUGCCUGAAUAGUUCAAUAUGGAGGGAUUACAAAUUACACGCCACAGUGAAUAAAAUACAGUAUUGUAACCGGGAAGGCGAUGAUAAAGAGCUGGAUACGAGUGACUAUGUGGUAGCAGCGGUGUAUCUACUGUUGAUUGUGUGCAACGUUGCUGGAAGCCUGUACGAUGUCUACUUAUGCGAAAUAGAUGGCAAAGGAAAUCCUUUUCUGCUCGCGUUCUCAAUACGUCGCAACUGGCGGAAACUGACAGCGCCGGCAGGCGUUGGGCCGGACCCGAGGCUCAACCGCCUCAAACUCUUCAAUGGCUUGAGAACCAUGACGAUGGUCUGCGUGUUUUUCUCACACAGCGUGUUAAUCAUGUCGUAUUCCUACGUGGACAACCCAAUUUACAUUGAAAAGUCGUACGAAGACCCAUUCAAACAGAUCCUCUUCAAUGGCAGCCUCGUCACCCACACAUUCUUCGUGAUGUCCAGCUUCCUACUAGCCUACAAUCUUCAGAUCCAUAGCGAACGGGACUCCUUGACUUGGUGUCAGUGGCCCAAGGGUGUGUUACUGCGAUGGUUAAGAUUAACUCCUACAUACGCACUAGUGCUGGCCACGAUUUCCACAUGGAUGCGUCGAUUGGGCAGCGGACCAUUGUGGGGGCUGGUGGUCGGUGCGGAGGCCGAGGCCUGUCGACAGUACUGGUGGGCACACGUGCUGUAUAUCAACAACUACGUGUAUGAGGAUGCGCAUUGCGCUCCGCAAGCUUGGUAUUUGGCAGCGGACACGCAGCUAUUCUGCCUAGGCCUUUUCGUCUGUGUGGUGUUCCGAAGCGCACCGCGACGCGCAGCAGCGCUCAUCUUCAUGCUGCUGCUCUCAAUGUUGAUUACUGCAGCCCAUACCUAUUGGCAGGGUCUUGAUGCUGUUGUCAUUCAGUCGCCUGAAAAAUACCGCAAUCUCUACGCAACCGACGACACCUUCCGCCUGCUCUAUAUCCGAGGCCACACGAAUUUGUCUACAUACACGUUGGGGCUGGCUGGAGGUUUCCUGACGUACUACUGGCAGCAGGAGGGGAAGGACAUGAGCAGAUUUAAGAAAUACAGAUGGAUCGUGUGGCUGUUGUUCCCCUUAGCUGUGGGUGUGAUUCUGUCUGGAGGGCUGUUCUAUCCAGACGGUCCUCGAGCGGCGGCGCCGCUCCGAGUGUUGUACGCGGCGCUGUACAAACCUGUGUUUCAGACGUGCGUGGUGCUGUUUAUCAUUAGUUGCGUCUUUAAGCUAGAAGGAGUGUAUCGCGGCAUAGUGGAGUGGCGCGGCUGGGCGUGGAGCGGCCGCGCCUCAUACGGAGCUUUCUUGCUACAUACCUUGUUCCAACGUGGUCUCAUCGGUGGCGUCACUGCCCCCGUGCAUAUGACAGAUUACUAUGUGUUGAUGGUACUGAGCGCAAGCAUUUUCCUGUCGUUCCUUGGAGCUGGAAUCUUCUGGGUGUGUGUGGAAGCUCCUAUCGCAGCCGUCACUAAGGCUGCACUGACCCCCAAUAGGAAAGCUUAAAAACUAAACACCAUUUAAGCAUUUAGCUCUAAAU